GGAGCAUUCCGGAAGCUGCCGAGGAGGAGAGUCCAUGUUCCCGGGAUCCCGUCCUCUGCCCCAUUCCCAUUCCCAGGUUGCUUUGCGUGUCCAGAGCCCCCACCCCGUGUCCUCGGCCGGCCCCUCUCUCCUGCCCCAUAGAGCAGAGCGCAACACACACCACCAUAGCCCCCCACCCAGAGCCAGGUCCCGGGAACCCCUGCACCACCCCAGCCGUCGCACCCACUGUACAGCCGCGGCCUCAGACCCUGCCCCGGAGAGCAGCCGGAGCCGGGAUCCCAGCAGCAGCAGCAGCGGCGGAGAAAGUUUUCUGGAAGUUGGUGGGAGCCAGCUGCCGCCCGGAGCCAGCAUAUGAGAGGAGGCUCCCAGCAGUGCACCCGGACCGCCCUGCAUUCAGCCAGCACCCUGCCGGAGAGACCCCCGGCUAGAUCACCCUCUCCCCAGCCCCCCCACACCGUGCUGCCACAGGAAACCCCCAUGCCCCGGAGGAUGCGGCCCCCCGUGCUGCUGCUCGCCCUGACCCUGCUGCUUGUGGACGCCGCCCGGGCGGCUAUGGACGAGUGCACGGCACACGGGCGGCUGCAGCGUUGCAUGCCCGAGUUCGUCAACGCUGCCUUCAACGUGACAGUGGUGGCCACCAACACCUGCGGCUCCCCCCCGGAGGAGUACUGCGUGCAGACCGGAGUCACCGGGGUCACCAAGUCCUGCCACCUGUGCGACAGCGACCUGCCCCACCUGCAGCACAGCGCCGAGUACCUCACCGACUACAACAAUCAGGCGGACACCACCUGGUGGCAGAGCCAGACCAUGCUGGCCGGGAUCCAGUACCCGCACUCCAUCAACCUGACCCUGCACCUGGGGAAGGCAUUUGAUAUUACCUAUGUGCGUUUGAAGUUCCACACAAGCCGGCCUGAGAGUUUUGCUCUAUACAAGCGGACGAGAGAGGAUGGUCCUUGGGUGCCUUACCAGUAUUACAGUGGUUCCUGCGAGAACACCUACCAAAAAAUCAACAAGGGCUUCAUCCGCACGGGGGAAGACGAACAGCAGGCUCUGUGCACUGAUGAGUUCAGCGACAUUUCUCCACUCACAGGCGGGAACGUCGCGUUCUCUACUCUUGAGGGGAGGCCGAGCGCGUACAACUUUGACAACAGUCCUGUCCUACAGGAAUUUGUGACGGCCACAGAUAUUCGUGUAACUCUGAACAGACUCAAUACGUUUGGUGACGAGGUGUUCAGUGACCCCAAAGUGCUGAAGUCUUAUUACUACGCCAUUUCUGACUUUGCUGUAGGAGGCAGGUGCAAGUGUAAUGGCCAUGCCAGUGAAUGUGUGAACAAUGAGUUUAGCAGGCUCGUUUGUAACUGCAAGCAUAACACAUUUGGUGUUGACUGUGAAAAAUGUUUACCCUUCUUUAAUGAUCGACCAUGGAGGAGGUCAACUGCCGACAGCGCCAACGAGUGUUUACCGUGCAAUUGUAAUGGUCGCUCCCAAGAAUGCUACUUUGACCCCGAGCUGUACCGUUCUACUGGCCAUGGCGGGCAUUGUAUGGGCUGUACGGACAACACCGAUGGGCCAAACUGUGAGCGCUGCCGAGAGAACUACUAUCGUCAGAACAGCGAUGAGUCCUGUCUGGCCUGCAACUGUAACCCUGUUGGCUCGCUCAGCACCCAGUGUGACAACUAUGGACGCUGCAGCUGUAAGCCCGGCGUGAUGGGUGAAAAGUGUGACCGAUGUCAGCCCGGUUUCCAUUCUCUUACUGAGGCCGGCUGCAGACCCUGCGCUUGUAAUGCUGCCGGCAGCACGGAUGAAUGUAAUGUGGAGACCGGACGCUGCAGCUGUAAAGACAACGUUGAGGGCUUCAACUGUGAAAGGUGUAAACCUGGGUUUUUUCACAUGGACACAGCAAAUCCCCGUGGCUGCACCCCCUGCUUCUGUUAUGGUCACUCUUCAGUCUGCAGCAGCGCAGAAGGUUUUACAGUCGCCAGCAUCAUCUCCACAUUUGAGACUGGAACGGACGGCUGGUUGGCACAGCAGAGGGAUGGUGCAGAGUACCCCCUAACCUGGAUUUCUGAGACUACCUCAUUGUCUGUUGCCUCAGAAAGCUACUUCCCAAUCUAUUUCAUUGCACCUGCCAAAUUCCUUGGUAAACAGGGUCUAAGUUAUGGUCAGAACUUGACGUUUACUUUCCGCGUGGAGCGGCGAGACACGCGACUUUCAGCAGAAGACCUUGUGCUGGAGGGUGCCGGGCUCAGAGUGUCCGUGCCUCUGAUCGCUCAAGGGAACUCUUAUCCCAGUGAGAACUCCCUGCAGUAUGUUUUCAGGCUACAUGAGGCUACAGAUUAUCCGUGGAGGCCAUCUGUCUCGCCAUUUGAAUUCCAGAAAAUGCUCCAGAAUCUUACUACCAUCAAAAUCCGAGGAACAUACAGUGAAAGAAGUGCUGGAUUUCUGGAGGAGGUUCGGUUAGUGACUGCACAGCCUGGUGCUGGUGACCCUGCACCAUGGGUGGAGGUUUGCAGCUGUCCUGUAGGGUAUAUCGGGCAAUUCUGUGAGAGCUGUGCACCUGGUUACCGGAGAGAGAACCCCAACCUUGGGCCUUACAGCCCCUGUGUGCUUUGCACUUGCAAUGGACACAGUGACGCAUGUGACUCCGAGUCAGGUGUGUGCAACUGCCAGCAUAACACUGCAGGUCCUCACUGCGAGCGGUGCAGCGAGGGCUUCUAUGGAGACAGCAGCGCCGGUACCAGCUCCGAUUGCCAGCCAUGUCCGUGCCCUGGCGGAUCCAGCUGUGCAGUUGUACCUCGCACUAAGGAGGUGGUGUGCACCAACUGCCCAUUGGGGACUACAGGAAAAAGGUGUGAGCUUUGUGAUGAUGGUUAUUUUGGUGACCCCCUGGGUCAAAAUGGAGCACCUCGCCCCUGCCGUGCCUGCGAAUGCAACAACAACAUUGAUCCAAACGCCGUGGGAAACUGCGAUCGCCUGACUGGAGAGUGUCUGAAAUGUAUCUACAACACUGCUGGGUUCUACUGUGAUCGCUGCAGGGAUGGCUUCUUUGGAAGUCCCCUGGGAGCAACUCCGGACCUCAAAUGCAAAGCAUGCAGCUGUAACUCCUAUGGCACAGUGAAUAGUCAGAGCAGCUGUAACCAGGUGACAGGCCAGUGCGAGUGUCUUCCUCAUGUCACGGAGAGAGACUGUUCAGCCUGUGAGCCGGGAUUCUACAACCUGCAAAGCGGACUUGGCUGUGAGAGAUGUGAGUGCCAUCCCCUAGGAUCCACAAACGGGCAGUGUGACAUUCGUACUGGGCAGUGUGAGUGCCAGCCGGGCAUCAGUGGCAAACGCUGUCAGCAGUGUGAGCCCAACCACUUUGGCUUUGGACCAGAUGGCUGUAAACCCUGUGACUGUGAUCCUGAGGGCUCGCUCACUCUGCAGUGCAAGGAGGAUGGCCGCUGUGAUUGUAAAGAUGGGUUUGUGGGUAUUCGCUGUGACCAGUGUGAGGAAAACUAUUUCUACAACCGCUCAGGCCCGGGGUGUCAAGAGUGUCCUGCCUGCUACCGCUUGGUUAAAGACAAGGUGGUUGAGCAAAGAGAGAAGCUGCAGGAACUGGAGGAGCUCCUGAAGAACCUUGGAACAGGUGAUGAGGCAGUGACAGAUCAGGGCUUUGAAGAGCGGCUUAGGGAGGCUGAGAAGGCUGUCAGUGACCUCCUUUUGGACGCUCAGGGCAGCAAAGAUGUAGAUCAGGGGAUGCUGGACCGCCUUGCAGAGAUAAAUGCCACACUAAGUUCCCAGCUGGAGCGCCUGCAGAAUAUCAAAGAUAUGAUUCGUGACACUGACAAACAAGCCCGUGAGGCUCGGGAACGUGUGGAAGGCACUGAGCUCAUCAUUGAAUCUGCAAGGGAGCAACUGGAGCGAGCCAAGGUGGCAAUCGCUAAUGUGUCCAUCACUCCACCGCAGACAACCGGUGAUCCCAAUAACAUGACGUUACUGGCGGAAGAGGCAAGAAAGCUGGCUGAAAGACAUACACAGGAAGCUCGUGAUAUUGAGAAGGCCGCCAAGGAUGCAAAUGACACGGCAAAUGAAGCCUACCGCCUGUUACUAAAGACUCUGGCUGCAGAGAACCAGACAGCCUCCGAUAUAGAAGAACUGAAUAAGAAGUAUAACCAGGCGAAGGAACUGUCCCGGGAGCUGGAGAAGCAGGCCAGCAAGGUGCACGCAGAGGCCGAGGAGGCAGGAAACCGGGCGCUCCAGAUCUAUGCCAAUCUCACCAAUGCUCCUAAAAUAGACACCACAGCUUUACAGAAUGAGGCUGGAAAGAUCCAGAAGGAGGCAGAAGAGUUGGAUCUGCUGAUAGACAGAAAGCUGCGAGACUAUGAUGACCUGCGUGAGGACAUGAGAGGUCGGGAGAUGGAGGUCAAACGUUUGCUUGACAAAGGCAAGAGUGAACAGCAGACGGCGGACCAGCUGCUGGCCCGGGCAGAUGCUGCAAAAGCCCAAGCGGAGGAGGCUGCCAAGAAGGGUCGUACCACACUGCAGGAGGCCAAUGACAUACUGAACAACCUGAGAGAUUUUGACAAGCGAGUGAAUGAUAAUAAAACUGCAGCUGAAGCUGCCUUGCGGAAGAUCCCCAUCAUCGCCCAAACCAUUGCUGAAGCCAACAAUAAGACUCGCCAAGCUGAAAGCGCCCUGGGCAAUGCCAAUGCUGACGCCAAAGGGGCUAAGAGCAAAGCCGAGGAAGCAGAGCAAAUUGCAAAUACCGUCCAGAAGAAUGCUGCAGCAGCCAGAACCGAUGCGGACAAGACGUUUAAGGAUGUUACUAGCUUAGACGGAGAGCUGCAGGAUAUGCUGCGGCAGCUGCAAGAUGCCGAGGACCAGCUGCAAAAGAAGCAGUCAGAAGCAGACAGUGACAUGAUGAUGGCUAAUAUGGCCACCGAUGCAGCCCAAGAUGCAGAAGACAAUGCCAGGAAAGCAAAGAACUCAGUCAACGGUGUUCUCGUGGUCAUCAAUGACCUGCUCAACCAGCUUGGGAAGCUGGAUUCUGUGGAUGUAGGAAAGCUGACUGAGCUUGAAAGGACACUAGACAAUGCAAAAACCCAGCUCCGUGACAGCGAUCUAGACCGCAAGGUGGCGCAGUUGGAGGAAUCUGCACGACUGCAGGACACAGCUCUUCUCUCCUACCAGCAGGACAUUGACCAGAUAUUGAAAGACAUCGAUAAUCUUGAGGACAUUAAAAACACUCUUCCUCCUGGUUGCUAUAACACCCCCAUCAUUGAGAAACCCUAAAGCCUUUGGGAAGAAAGGGAGGAGAUUAGCCACACUUCUUUCCUCACCAACCUCCACGUUUGGCUGUGAAGUGCCUUAUUACUCACCCACCCCAGACUGUAUGUCCUACACACCAUUCACUCCAUGCCCCCCAAAUAUUGAACUUUAAUGGGGGCUGUAAUUGGAAAUUUAUUAUUUCACCUGAACUCUCUACCGCCAUACUGUGUGUACAAGAGGCAACCUCCUGAAUUUGCUGUUCGUCCUACUGCAGAGAGAAAUUGAAGGUUUCUUGUGUUGAUGAGAGGAACAGCAGUUUGGCGCCUCUCCACAUGGCAAAAUAAGACCACUGCGACAUCCCAUGUAGUGCCUCUGCAGUGUUAGCCAAGGGACAGUUUCUAGCGAGGGUUAACCGCUUCAGUAUGCAAUUCAUUCAAGUGCUCUGUGGCACCGAAGUGGUUAAUAAAGCUAUGCUUUCAACCUUCUAGAAAAUUAGGGCCUAUCGCCCCACAAGUCUGCGGAAUAAAUAUUUUCCUUGUAUACACUCCUCUUGCCUUCCAUUCCCUUUGACUAACCAACCGCCCAGCUUCCUGCCCUGUAGUGUAACCACACAGCCAGUAUUAACCCCAACAGCACAGAGCCCUCACAACAAUAAGGGUAGGGGCUUCUGUUGUUUUGCUGUAUAGAAAGGGUCUUCUAAUGCAGAGACUUCUGCUGUGAGCUGGUUUGUAGAACGGUAAGCUGCCCUGAAGUAUUGCUGCAAUUCUGGGAUCAAAGGAGCUGGGACUGUCACUCAGAUCACCACACUUAACAGUGUACAUGACUGUCCUGGCAUCUCAGAAUUGUACAGUAAGCGAGAAAUCCACUCCCCAAGUCCGCCUUUCACGGCACAGUAGCAAAGGGAACUUAUGAUGUCAUCCGAAUACUUUGGAAAGGUUUCACCCACCAUAAAGAUGAAGUCAGUUACUUACGGUAGCAAACGGCCAAAUUCGAACCUUUGUUUAACCCCCAUUAAAAGAAAAUCCACUGGAAUAUUGUUUUUUAGAGCAGUAAUAUGUAUAAAACUUUACUAUAGUUUAUAUGUUGGCAGCAUCAGAGGAGAUGUUUAUAUCCUGUCCAUAGUUAUAUAUUUGAGAUUUCUGCACUCUGUAGUAUAGUAGAUUAUUAUUUUUAUUAUUAAUAUGGCCACUUGCUGUUCAGAACAAAGGAGGAUCUGUCUAUUCACAUACUACAUGCCUUAUCAGGUGCCAUACCUAGGGUGUUGCAGGACAUUUUUAUUGCAUGUCAUUAUUCCAAAUGACCGUUUCCAUGCCCAGCCAGCAUGCACAGAACGUAGCUGAAGGUCACUCUGACACUUUAUAUAGGGGCAAGUAGGCCAAACUGCCAACCUAGUAAUGACUUUUAUUCCUUUUACACAAUUAUUUUAAACCAUUUUCUGCAGAAAACUGAAACCAUGCUUAUGUAUUACAUUUAAUAUAUUAAUCCGUACUAUAGCAAGUUAAGUCUUAGGAGUUAUACAUAUGUCGUAAAAUCAAGACUAUGCAUAUUCCAUUUUAUUUGUCCAUAUCCUAAGAACCUUGGUAAGAAGAAGAAAAAAGGCACAGCCGAGACUGAUUAGAUACAUGCCUAUUCUAAAAUGCUUAAUGGAGAUUAUUUCAUUAGUUUAUUUUUUAUGUCCUGUGCCAAGGGCUGUUUAUUAUUUUGAUUGCAGUCACUUACCUGAAAGCAUUGGAAUGAGACAACCAGUCCGUACGGCUGUAACAAAUCUUGGCCAACUACUUGUCAAGCUGUCAUUUUCACCUCUUUGGGCAUUUUACUCUAAAGCAGGCUUCCAGAGGGGGGUAACUUGCCGAUAAGCAACUAGCAUGAUGUUGCACAUAAUGAACAGACAUUUCAGUGACGUAUGUUAGAUUCGUAACUAAUCUCCCUUAGGCGAAUACCAGACAAGAGUUUUAUCCGCCCACUUAUUAGACACUUGGGAAAUGGGUGCUUGUUCAUGCUUUGCCUUAACAUGACAGAUUUUACACCCGUGCACCCAUGGGUUCUGUACGUUCAUGCAGUGUAUCUGUACCCUGUGUAGCCGUAACGCUGAGUAGGCACGGAUUUCCUAUGUGUGGAGUAGGCAGGCAGACAAUGCAUCUGUGUGUGGUUAGCAAACCAUACCUCUGUUACACCUGGUCUUUCUAUACAGCAAUCCCUCUUCUGAAGGACUCACUCCAUACUGGCUCCCCGGUGCGUGUUGGGGAGAGACGUUGGAGGGUACACCCCUUUUUUGACACUGGUGCUAUAAAUGGUUUUUGAAUUGCUUGAUUCCUGUGAGUGUUUUAUUUUAUUUUUUUGUAUCCAGAUUAUAACAAGUUGAAUGUCUAUAUUGUUCCUGUCUUUAUCUAUCUUUGUAAACUCAUUUCUGGAGGAGCUGGGGCCAGAAGGAGAAAGAGGGAAGUUCAUUUAUACCUGAUGCUUCUUUCCAAGCUGUCCUUGUUUUCCUCUUCCUCCUGAUCAACAUUUCCUCUGGCUGACCGCUUCCCCGGGAGCAUCACAAUUACACACCCCUCUAGGAGGAAAGACCCUUCUAUGGGGUUGCAGCACAAAGCUAAAGUUACCCCCUCACUCCCUAACUUGUCUGUCAGUCCUCUGUCUCAUGACACCUUGUAGCAGCCUCUUAUAUUAUCCACAGUUGAGGGCCCCUUCGUAACCGGAGAAGCAUCAAUCCCACUGUUGUGGAAGCUCCUAUGGCCACAGAGGUGUGUACCCCUUUGCUCUCUUGGUUAGCAGUGUCUAAUAUUGGACUUUAAUGGACAACAGACUGCUCUGGGGGGUGGUGCAGGGGGUCAUCUGUGGUCAUACUAUUUUUUUUGUCCAGGGAAGAAAGGGGUUCAACAGAACACAACACCUUUUUUAUGUAUAAAACAGUAUUUCUUAUUUAUAAUAAAUUGAAUAUUUGUAACCCCUUA